AUGGCGGGAGACGUCGUCAUUCUCUUAAGCGACGACUCCAACUCGGACGGCGCCUUUGUCACGCCGCACCCGCCCACCGCAUCGCCAGCUAACAAUCGGACCAGUGCAGUUGCAUCGUCACAAGAGGCGACGCUUCCGCCGCCACGGCUUAAUCUACCGAAGCUGGCUCCAACGACGGCAGGGCGGAAUGUGGGCGUCCAUGCGGACGUCAUCGAGAUCUUCGAUACCCCGGCGCCGUCCAAGCCAAGCCACCACUCGCCAGCAGCGCGGCUUUCUGCUCGACCUGGCGUCUCAAGUUUCCCCGUGGACGAUUUUCUUACCUCUCCCUUCCCUGGUGCCUUUCCUACACCAAGACUGCCGGCUCUGAGCCGGACUCCGAGCCAACCACCGCUCUCCGCACACAGAAGCCCACCGCAGGAGUCGAUGCGAGAGAAGGCUGCUGGGGCUGCCCUCGAGCGACUCCGAGCCAAUGCUGCCGACAGCGAUGACAGUACCGAGGCUGCGCAGGGCAGACCAGCGAAGCGCAUACGGCUGUCUCCGUGUCUUGGCUCGCCGAGCGUGGCUCCCCGGCGUGCCAUGCCGACCUCGCCUUUGGCCGGGACCACCGACAGCCCACCGCGGCACAACCUGCCUGUCCAGUUUUAUUCACCCGCCGCGGAUCCUAAUGACCGCUUUGUGCACCUCGUUGACGAUCUUGACGAUUGUGACGUCUUUGACGACGCCCUCCCACCAACCGUACGCCCAACUCAAAUCCCGCUGCCGAGUGCACCAAAGGACCAUGCGGCAUGCAUUGACCUGCUGAGUUCUUCUGACUCGGAACGUGAACGGUCUCGGUCAACGACGCGGCCAUCAACGAUCGACUCUGACUUUGUCGACAUUGACGACCUGCUUGCGAACCCGUCGCCCAGAUCACGGCAGCAAUCUCCAAAGCGACAGGAGCCACAACAGCCAGGAGCCGACCUCUGGCAAACCAAUCAGCUCGGAGAAAAGCAAGCCGGACACCAAAGAGAACCCUGCGAUGAAAUCAUUGUGUCUUCCAGUCCAUCUGUCGUUUCGCCCGUUGCAAGGUCUAGGAAGGAUCAUCUUGGCGUACGUCCACCGACACACGCGCAGCCACACCGCGAGAGACAAUUACGAAGAAGCCUUUCAGAGGGCCCGCCGUUGGUCUUUUCCGACGAAGAAGACGACGUGUAUGACAAAGCGACCGCCGAUGCGCUCCUGGCAGAGUGGAGGGAGAGCCGCAAGCUGAUCGAAUCGAAACUGCCAGUAAAAUCACCCUUACAACCCUCAGCUCGACGAACCGCUCGGGCAGUGAAGAGGAGACCCUCGUUUGACGAGACUGUGGCGACAGACCGCCAGAAGAAGAAGCAACUCGACGCCUCUCUUCGGCGUCGAGCGAAGGAAGCCGAGAGGGAGCGUCGACAAAAAGAAAAGGAGGUUGAGAGAGAGCGGCGCAAGAUUGCAGCCGACUUGGCCAAAGAAAAGAAAGCCAAAGAGAAGGCCGAGGCGGCCGCGUUUCACGACGCCAACAAGUCUCGUUUGACCAAGGCCGCGGCCGCACCCGAGAUGGUCGUCCGGCUGCCCUCGACCCUGUCCCAGGCAACCAAGGAGACGACCCAAGAGAAGCUGGCCGCGGUCAAGGCCGCCCACGAAGAGUGGACAAGCCGCCCAGUCGACAACAUUGUGACGUGGCGACGCAAGGUAUCCAACGACUACAAACCGGACCUGGGCCACUGGGUGCCCGUCCCCACGCGUCUCGAGGACGAGAAGCAUGCCCUUGUGGUAUUGCGAGGCGACGAGUUUGUGCGGUUGGUUUUGGCGCGAGACGGCGACCCCGACACCCUGCAUCAGACGGGCGGCCACGACCUCGACAGCCAUGUGGCGGCCGUGAAGACCGCCUUUGCCGGCUACACGAUUGUGUAUCUGAUUGAAGGGCUGAAGGACUGGCGGAGCAGAAACAAGACGAUUCGAAACCGCCAGUUUGUGGCCGCCGUGCGGGGCGAGGCGGGCAGCGGGAGCGGGAGCGGUGCGCAAGCAGCGACCGCGCAGCAGGCAGCACGGCCAUCACAGCGGCUCGGCCGACGGGGCCAGAAGCAAGCACCGCAGCACCUGGACGAGGCGCUCGUGGACGAGGCGCUUUUGGAUCUGCAGAUGGAGCACAGCGGCGGGGCCGACGGCGACGGCAGCGAAGGGCAAGGGCAUGUGCUCGUCCACGAGACGAGUGGUGGCCUGGACACGGCGCAUUGGAUCAAGGUCUUUACGGAGCAGAUUGCGCUUUCGCGCUACCGCCAGCAGCGUGACGACCUGUACGCGGCGGCGGCGGCGUCGUUCUGCAUGGACAGCGGGCAGAUUGCAACGGGCGAAGACGCCGCCGAAUCGUACGUGCUGAUGCUGCAGCAGGUGGCGCGGGUCACGGAGCCGAUCGCCAUGGGCGUGGCCGCGCGCUACGAUACGGUGCCUGAGCUGCUGCGCGGGUUUGCCGACGAAGGACCGCUGGCCCUCGAAGCCUGCUUGCGGAGCCGGAACCGCAACGGCGCACCCUCUGACCGGACUGUCGGGCCGGCGCUGAGCCGGCGUCUCUACAAGGUGUUUACGGGCAGGGAUCCGGAGAGUACGGAUGUGUGA